UCAGACGCAGUCGAUGAGAGUUGGCGUCACCUGACUCGUAUACUAGCUCCUACUGCGCGUGACUCGUAUACUCGGUAGGAUGUUCCUCCGUAUGUCACUACCUUGUGUAGAGGCGAAGUCUGCUCGAGCGUUUAUGGAUACUUUCGUGUGACAUGGCGAUGCAGCUGUGGUUAGCAAAGACGAUGGAGGGAUUUCAGUUUCCAGCUUGUGCAUAGUCAAUUAAGCCUGGGAGUCACGUGUCGGACGCGGCGCGCGCGUCCCAUCUCGCGUUUCUCUCCACUCAAUUAAACACCAUCGUCAAUGCAAUUCGUGCGCGUCCAGACUCAGAAUCUUGGGACAGACAUCCAGGUUUGAUCAAGAUGCAUAUCAAACAGAUAACGAUACAAGGCUUCAAAAGCUACAAGAACCAAACCGUCGUCAACCCAUUCUCGCCCAAACUCAACGUGAUAGUCGGGCGCAAUGGAUCUGGCAAGAGCAACUUCUUCGCCGCGAUCCGGUUUGUCCUCAGCGAUGCCUAUUCGCAAAUGGGCAGGGAAGAGAGACAAGCACUCAUCCAUGAGGGCUCUGGGUCGGCAGUGAUGUCUGCCUACGUCGAAGUCGUGUUUGACAACUCGGAUGGUCGCUUUCCCACCGGCAACGACGAACUGAUCCUUCGACGUACCAUCGGACUGAAGAAGGACGAAUACUCGCUCGAUCGCAAGAAUGCGACCAAGCAGGAUGUCAUGCAACUGUUGGAGAACGCGGGCUUCUCACGCGCAAACCCAUACUACAUCGUCCCUCAGGGUCGCAUCACGCGCUUGACGAACAUGAAAGAUAACGAGCGUCUUGAUGUACUCAAGAGCGUGGCUGGUACACAACAGUUUGUCGCGAAAAAGGAAGAAUCUCAGAAGAUCAUGAACGAAACCAACAACAAGCUCACCGCAAUCGAUCAGACCUUCGAACAGAUCAAUGAUCGUCUGGCGGAACUUGAAGAAGAACAAGCAGAGCUUCGGGACUUUCAAGAACAAGAUCGUGAGAAACGAGCCUUGGAAUACACUUUGUGUACACGAGAGCAAGAUGAGAUCAAUAAAGCGCUGGCUGAUAUAGAAGACAAGAGAGCCGGAGGCAUCGAUGAUGCGGAUGAAAAUCGUGAACGCUACGCAGAGGGCGAGGACGAAAUGGCUCGAAUCACCCACCAGAUACAGAUACUCAAUCAGCAGAUCCAUGCUGCCAGAAUGGAGAAGAAACAAUACGAGGAAGAGAAGCGCGAAAAGGCCAAAGCACGAGCUCAGGUCGAAUUGGAGGAGCGAAACCUGUCGCAUGGCCAAGCUGCUGCUCAACGCACGAAGGAGACACAUGACCGCGAGCUGAAGCAAAUCAGAGCUCAGAUAAAAGAGGUUGAAAAAGAGCUCAGUACCAUCACUCCGCAGUUUGAGUCUGAGGUAGCCAAAGAGCAGUCGGUAAAGAGUCGUUUGGAAGAGGCGACUGCCACACAGCAACAUCUGUACGGCAAGCAAGGGAGGACUGCUCGGUUCAAAUCGAAGAAGGAUCGCGAUAACUGGCUGCAAGCCCAGAUUAGCGAGGCUUUUGAGUCAUUGUCACGUUUCAAAGCAACGCGCAUGCAGACUACCGAAGGCAUCCAAGAUGAUCAAAAGCAGAUCUCUAGUCUGGAAAAGGAGAUUGAAACCCUGCAAGAACAAGUUGGUGGCCAAGACGACUCACUCGAUCAAGAGAUACAGAAAGCCGCUGAACGAAAAGAGAAGCUGAUCGAUGAUCGCAAGCUUCUUUGGCGCCGGGAAGCACAACUGGACUCUGAGUACUCAGCGGCCCAGGAUGAGCUGAGGAAGGCAGAGCGCAACUUGUCACACAUGAUGGAUGGCAACACCAGUCGCGGUCUCGAAGCUGUGCGUCGCAUAAAGCAACAGCACAACUUGGCCGGAUGCUAUGGCACUCUGGCCGAAUUGAUCGACGUUCCUCAACAUCAUACCGCUGUCGAAGUAACUGCGGGAGCUUCCCUGUUCCACUACGUGGUUGAUAAUGACGAGACGGCGACGAAGGUAAUGGAGAUAUUGAAUCGAGAACGUGCUGGACGUAUCACGUUCAUGCCUCUAAAUCGACUCAAGGCAAAGACUGCCAACUUCCCCAAUGCCCAGGAUGCUAGACCACUCAUGUCGCUCAUCAAGUACGAAGACAGAUUUGAACCCGCUGUGCAACAAGUAUUUGGCAAAGCAAUUAUCGCUCAGAACCUCAGUAUUGCUGCUCAGUAUGCGAGAACACACGGUCUCACUGCUGUGACUCCGGAAGGUGAUCGAUCGGACAAGAAAGGUGCAUUGACUGGUGGUUACCACGACGUACGUUCUUCUAGGCUCAAGGCUACCAAAGCGGUCGUGGUCGCUCGUGAACAUUUUGAAGCUGUCAAGGCUGAAAGCAAUGAGAACAAGAAGAAGAUUGAGAAGAUCGAUCAAACAAUCACAAAAGCGAUGAGUGAAGUUCAGAAGCUUGAGCAACGAAAAAACCAAUCGCAAGGCAACCAAAGAUUGUUGAGACAAGAAAUCCGGAACAAGGUCGACAUGCUUCAACGCAAGAAAGACGAUUUGGAAGCAAAGCAGAAGCAGGAAGCUGCUAUUGCUGCCAGCGUCAAGCAAUUGACCGACCAACAGAAUGCAUACCAGGCUGAGCUGGGAUCAGACUUUAAGAAGGCUUUGAGUACAGCUGAAGAGAACCAACUCGAGACGUUGUCGGCUAAUAUCCAGAAGCUUCGCAAAGAGUACAACAAUCUCUCGGCUUCCAGGGCGGAGACCGAAACGAAAAAGGCAAAUCUCGAGGCCCGUCUGAAUUCGAGUCUAAAACCACAAUUAGCUGCACUUGAAAGUGACGAGAUCGAGAAUGAGAGUAAUGUGUCAGACAAUCUAAAAGCGAAACGAAGCGAAUUAGCACGUCUGACGAAGGAACUGGACUCGAUACAGGAAACCCUCGAUGGCCUCGAUGAGCAGAUCGAAACGUCAGCGGCCCAGGUCGCUCAGCUGGAAGCACAAGCAGCUGAAAGAAGACGGCAGCAGGAAGAACUUGCCAAGGCCAUCGACCGUCAUCAGCGUCGUCUCGAGAAGUCGGUGCAAAAGAAAGCGGCUCUACAGGCUUCGAAACAGGAGACCAUCGACAACAUCCGCGAAUUGGGCGCAAUUCCCGAAGAUCUGCGAAAGAAGUAUCGAACCACGGAUUCGAAUUCGAUUGUGAAGAAACUUCAGAAGGCGAAAGAGGCACUGAAGAAAUACAGCUCUGUCAACAAACAUGCUUUCGAGCACUAUCGCAAGUCUGCGAAACAACGUGAGGAAUUGGAGGCCAGACGGAAAGAUCUUGAAGCGGCAAAGACAUCCAUCGCGAACCUGAUCGAAGUGCUUGAUCAGCGGAAGGAUGAAGCUAUCGAACGCACUUUCAAGCAAGUCAGCAAGGCAUUUGCCGAAGUCUUCCAGAAACUUGUCCCUACAGGUCGUGGCAGAUUGAUCAUUCAACGCAAGACCGACAAGCGGACCGCUGACGAUGAUGAGUCGGAAGAGGAGCAGCAGCCGCUUAACAAGCGCAGCGUCGAGAACUAUACCGGGGUAGGCAUCAGCGUCAGCUUCAACAGCAAACAUGACGAUCAGCAGCGCAUUCAGCAGCUCAGUGGUGGGCAAAAGAGUCUUUGCAGUCUCGCCCUCAUUUUUGCCAUUCAAGCGACUGACCCUGCACCGUUCUACAUUUUCGACGAAAUUGAUGCCAACCUUGAUGCACAAUAUCGUACGGCAGUCGCUGAUCACUUGUUGUACCUGGCCAACAGAGUGGACGAAGAGCCUGAGGAUGGCGACGACAGACCGGUUGGAGGACAGUUUAUCUGCACGACCUUUCGACCUGAGAUGCUGAGGGUUGCGGAUAAGUGCUUCGGUGUACGAUUCGGCAACAAUGUCAGCAGUAUUCGUGAGGAGAGCUUGGAGGAUGCCCUGGACUUCGUCGAGAGUCAGACACAGUGAGCGGCGAUAAGUUGAGGUUGCAGCGUUAUUGUCUUGAUGUCGGUACGAGGUUGUCACUGUUGUUCUUUUUCAUGAUGAUGUGUCAAUGGCAUGCGGGCAGGUUUCACGAAGCGAGCUGAUAUAGCUAUGGCGUGGGGGGACACGUGUUACAAUACUCGAGGCGAUCACGAAUCAGAGCCUUACCAUUCCCAAGACACCUUGGUGCUUUGCAUUCAGCAUUCAUCAUUCACAUCGUCCUUGC